CCCCAGAGCAGACAGGGACAAGAAGAUGGUGGGAGGCGGUGCGGGGGCCUCCUCUGAGCCCGUUUCCUUCCAUUCCCCGGCAGAUGUCCCGCAGCCAGGCCGGCACGAUGCCCCCGCCGCUCCUCCGCCACCUCCUCCUGCUCCUCGCUGUGGCUGCAGUUGCUCGGGCGGAUGAGCUGAAGGUGACCACUCAGUCGGGGGAGGUCCGUGGCUUCCAUAUGCCAGUCCUCGAUGGCCACGUCUCCGCCUUCCUGGGCAUCCCCUUUGCCGAGCCCCCCGUGGGCCGGCUGCGCUUCCUGCACCCCGAGCCCAUCAAGCCCUGGAGCCAGCCCCUCCAGGCCACCUCCUACCAACACGCCUGCUACCAGGUGGUGGACGAUACCUACCCGGGCUUCCAUGGCACGGAGAUGUGGAACCCCAACCAGAACAUGAGCGAGGACUGCCUCUACCUCAACAUCUGGGUGCCGUCGCCACGGCCCAAGAACGCCACGGUCCUGGUCUGGAUCUACGGGGGCGGCUUCUACAGCGGGUCUUCCUCACUGGACGUCUACGAUGGCCGAUACCUGACCUACACACAGAAGGUGGUCUUGGUCUCCAUCAGCUACCGAGUGGGGGCCUUUGGCUUCCUGGGCCUUUUGGGGAGCCAGGAGGCCCCGGGCAACAUGGGGCUGAUGGACCAACGCUUGGCCUUGCAGUGGAUACAAAACAACAUCCAGCACUUUGGGGGCAACCCCAAAGCAGUCACCAUCUUCGGAGAGAGCGCCGGCGGGGCCUCGGUGGGGAUGCAUCUCCUCUCGGUCCAGAGCCGGUCCCUCUUCAAGCGAGCCAUUUUGCAGAGCGGAACACCCAAUGGGCCGUGGGCCACAAUCACUCCAGCGGAGAGCCGGCGCCGCGCCACCCUCUUGGGCAAACAAGUGGGCUGCCACUUCACCAACGAUUCAGAGCUGGUGGGCUGCCUACGCUCCAAAAGCCCCCAAGAACUGGUCGACAAGGAGUGGACCGUCCUGCCCUACAAGAGCAUUUUCCGCUUCUCCUUCGUGCCGGUCAUCGAUGGAGACUUCUUCCCCGACACGCCGGAAACCAUGCUCAGCACAGGAAACUUCAAGGACACCCAGGUCCUGCUGGGAGUAGUAAAGGAUGAGGGCACCUACUUCCUCAUCUAUGGGAUGCCUGGCUUCAGCAAGGACACCGAAAGCCUCAUCACCCGGGAGGACUUCCUGGAAGGGGUGCGGAUCGGCGUGCCCCAUGCCAACGACAUUGCUGCUGAGGCCGUGGUGCUGCAGUACACAGACUGGCAGGAUGUGGACAACGGGGAGAAGAACCGGGAGGCCAUGGACGACAUCGUGGGGGACCACAACGUCAUCUGCCCCGUCGUGCACUUUGCUGCCCGCUAUGCCGAGCGGGGCAACAAGGUGUACGCCUACCUCUUUGACCACCGAGCCUCCAACCUCAUGUGGCCCCAGUGGAUGGGCGUCCCGCAUGGCUACGAGAUCGAAUUCAUCUUUGGGUUGCCGCUGAACGAUGCCCUGAACUACACGGCCGAGGAGAAAGAGCUCAGCUGGCGGAUGAUGCGCUACUGGGCAAACUUUGCCCGCACAGGGGACCCCACGGACCCCUUGGACAAGGACGUGAGGUGGCCCCUCUACACUCUGUCGAAGCAACAGUAUGUCAAGCUCAACACGCGGCCACUGAGCACGGAUCGCAGCCUCCGCACCCAGAUCUGCGCUUUCUGGAACCGCUUCCUUCCCAAACUGCUCAAUGUGACAGAGUCGGCCAGAACAUGCACAGAUUCCAGUCGGGGGCCCUCCGCCCCAUGUGUCCUCCUCCUCCUCCUCCUCCUCCUCCUCCUCCCAUGGCAUCUUCGGUCUUGAGCACCCUACGGAUAACGGAGAGGAGGAGCAGGAGGAAGCCACGGCCACCAGUGGAGGGUGGGGUGUCCGUAGAGGGCAUCUGCCCAGCUGCUACGUGGAUCAAGGCGGUGGGCGCUCCACAGCCCAGGAAGCCCAACCCAGAUGGAGCCCGGGAAGCUGGCCAGGUGGCCAGGAAUGUCGGCGGGGAGCCACAGGGCGGCAGGAUGGGCAGAGGCUUCAGAGCCACAUGUGGCAUGUGGGCAAAGGCCGGCCCACCCACAGGCCACCUUCAGGCGCUUGGGCUGGAACUGGGGGCAAAUUGCAGACCGAGAGAUUUUUGAAAUUCAAACCGGAGGUAUUAAACGCCUGCAACCA